GGGGGAGGUGGCGGCGGCCAUUUUGAGUUGCCGCCGCCAUUGGAGUGAGCCCCCCCCUUUCCCCCUCGCCGCCUGACAGUAAAGGUUUAAGGGGGACAGGGCCCUGGGAGGCCGGGCCGGGCUCGGGGGCCACCCCGGGGGCCCGGGCCAUGGAUGUGCGCCGUCUGAAGGUGAACGAACUUCGGGAGGAGCUGCAGCGCCGCGGCCUGGACACUCGGGGCCUCAAGGCCGAGCUUGCUGAGCGGCUGCAGGCGGCGCUGGAGGCCGAGGAGCCCGAAGACGACCGGGAGCUCGAGGCUGAGGAGGAACCGGGGAUACCUGGGCACAAUAACGAGGAGGUCGAGACCGAGGGGGGCUCCCAGCUGGAAGGGACCUCGCAGCCGCAGCCACCGCCGCCGGGGCUGCAGCCGCAUCCGGAACCUGGCGGCUACUCGGGGCCGGACGGACAUUAUGUCAUGGACAAUAUUACCAGGCAGAACCAAUUCUAUGAGACUCAGGUCAUCAAACAAGAAAACGAGUCAGGCUAUGAGAGAAGACCACUGGAAAUGGAGCAGCAGCAGGCCUACCGCCCAGUGGAAGGGAAGACAGAGAUGAAGCAAGAACCACCCACCAGCUUCCUCCCCCCUGAAGCAUCUCAAUUCAAGCCAGACAGACAACAAUUCCAGAGUCGCAAGAGGCCUUAUGAAGAAAACCGGGGAAGGGGGUACUUUGAGCACCGAGAAGAUAGGAGGGGUCGGUCUCCUCAGCCUCCUGCUGAAGAGGAUGAAGAUGAUUUUGAUGACACCCUUGUUGCCAUCGACACAUGUGAGUCUCUGUGUGCCUGUCUGAUUCUGCCUUCCAGUUACUAUUUGGAAACUGCCUUGGCCUUCACAGAAUCUCUGCCCAGCACCAUCCAGAGCCAGUAUAACUGUGAUCUCCACUUCAAGGUGGCCCGAGACCGGAGUAGUGGCUACCCACUUACAAUUGAGGGCUUUGCAUACCUGUGGUCAGGAGCCCGUGCCAGCUAUGGGGUCAGAAGGGGCCGUGUGUGCUUUGAGAUGAAGAUCAAUGAGGAAAUCUCCGUGAAGCACCUUCCAUCCACAGAGCCCGACCCGCAUGUUGUCCGUAUCGGCUGGUCCCUUGACUCCUGCAGCACACAGCUAGGCGAAGAGCCUUUCUCCUAUGGCUAUGGAGGCACUGGGAAGAAGUCCACCAAUAGCCGAUUUGAAAACUACGGAGACAAGUUUGCAGAGAAUGAUGUGAUUGGCUGCUUUGUGGACUUUGAAUGUGGAAAUGACGUGGAACUUUCCUUCACCAAGAAUGGGAAGUGGAUGGGCAUUGCUUUCCGAAUUCAGAAGGAAGCCUUGGGGGGCCAGGCCCUCUACCCUCAUGUGCUGGUGAAGAAUUGUGCAGUGGAGUUCAACUUCGGGCAGAGGGCAGAGCCCUACUGUUCUGUCCUUCCUGGCUUUACAUUCAUCCAGCACCUUCCCCUGAGUGAGCGGAUCCGGGGCACUGUCGGACCAAAGACCAAGGGAGAGUGUGAGAUUCUGAUGAUGGUGGGCCUUCCCGCUGCCGGCAAGACCACAUGGGCCAUCAAACAUGCAGCCUCCAACCCCUCCAAGAAGUACAACAUACUGGGUACCAAUGCCAUCAUGGAUAAGAUGCGGGUGAUGGGCCUACGUCGGCAGCGGAACUAUGCCGGCCGCUGGGAUGUCCUGAUCCAGCAGGCCACCCAGUGCCUCAACCGCCUCAUCCAGAUUGCUGCCCGCAAGAAACGCAACUAUAUCCUAGACCAGACAAAUGUUUAUGGGUCAGCUCAGAGACGAAAAAUGAGACCAUUUGAAGGCUUCCAGCGCAAAGCUAUUGUCAUUUGUCCCACUGAUGAGGACUUAAAAGACCGAACAAUAAAGCGAACCGACGAAGAAGGGAAGGAUGUCCCAGAUCACGCUGUCUUAGAAAUGAAAGCCAACUUCACGUUGCCAGAUGUUGGGGACUUCCUGGAUGAGGUACUAUUCAUUGAGCUGCAGCGAGAAGAAGCAGACAAGCUGGUGAGGCAGUACAACGAGGAAGGCCGGAAGGCUGGGCCACCCCCUGAAAAGCGCUUUGACAACCGAGGCGGUGGUGGCUUCCGGGGCCGUGGGGGUGGUGGCACUUUCCAGCGCUAUGACAACCGAGGUCCACCCGGGGGCAACCGAGGCGGCUUUCAGAACCGAGGAGGCGGCAGUGGUGGAGGAGGCAACUACCGAGGAGGUUUCAACCGCAUUGGAGGUGGUAGCUACAACCAGAACCGCUGGGGUAACAAUAGCCGGGAUAACAACAAUUCCAACAACCGAGGCAGCUACAGUCGAGCUCCCCAACAGCAACCACCCCCUCAGCAGCCACCGCCACCACAGCCACCGCCACAGCAGCCACCGCCACCACCCAGUUACAGCCCAGCUCGAAACCCACCAGGGAUCGGCAGCUACAGCAAGAACAGCAACAUCCCUGGCUCGAGUGUCAGUACCAGCACCCCCACUGUCAGCAGCUAUAGCCCUCCACAGCCGAGUUACAGCCAGCCACCCUACAACCAAGGAGGUUACAGCCAGGGCUAUACAGCCCCACCACCUCCACCUCCACCACCACCUGCCUACAACUAUGGGAGCUACGGCGGCUACACCCCGGCCCCCUACACCCCACCACCACCCCCUACUGCACAGACCUACCCUCAGCCCAGCUAUAACCAGUAUCAGCAGUAUGCUCAACAGUGGAACCAGUACUAUCAGAACCAGGGCCAGUGGCCGCCAUACUACGGAAACUACGACUACGGGAGCUACACCGGGAACACACAGGGGGGCACAAGCACUCAGUAGCCAGUGUACCCCUGAGGCCCCUACCGCUUCCUCUACCAGCGCCCGCCACGGCCCCUCAUCUGCCCCCACCAGGUCCUGUGGUGCUGGGGGACAGGUCAUCCCAGGGCUGCCUCCCUCCAGCCCACUGCCUCCCCUCUGAGGGGCUUCUUCAACCACAGGGCUGGGCAUUUUUCUCUGGUUUCAAACAGACAACAAUGACCUUUUAUUUUCUCUUUCUCUCCCCACAUCCCUCUUCCUCCUCUUCUUCCCGUCCUCCUUCUUGACUAAAUACACCCCCUUCCUUGGUCAUGCAGUGAUGCUAUAAUGACUGAGGGGAGGGCCCCUUUCUGUCCUUUCUUCCCAGCCCUGCUCCAGACCCUCAGCUUCCCAGACCCUCAUGCAGUUGGUUGUAAAUUCUUCCAGAAGCUGUUUUACUGUCUACUUUUCAGGAUUUAAAAGAAAAAAUCAAAAAAUUUAAAAAAAAAGUUUAAAAAUCAAAAAAAAAAAAAAAAACCAAAAUAGGAGGGAGGAAGCAGUGACAGAUAUUUUUUUGGUAAUUAUGCUUUUUUUAAUUUUUAGAAUUUGUCUGUUUUUACUGUGGGUUGGCUGUUGAUACUUCAUCAGGAUAACCAUUUCUUUGCUGAGUUCAGGCAACCAAUGAAGAACCACACCCUCAAAACAAAACCACAAAAUCAACUUUAACCUAACUUUUUAUACAAUGUCUCAGUUUCCCUUAACUUUGCACACAAGCUUCUGUGUUGAGUUGAAUUGUAACUGCUUUUUGUAUUUGGAGAGAGUGUGACUAUUGAACUUGAAACCUUUUA